UAAAAAAAAAAAAAAAAAAAAGUUAAGGAGGGGCUUUUUAUGAAUUUGAGAUGCCGGAGGGAGGCGGAUACUACACUUCCAAGAAGUCCGACGACAUCUGCGACGAUGUAUGCGGCCCGAGCAGCAGAGCGGCGCUGACCAUGUCGAGGCUUCGGUGCGCGCUUCGCGGUUUCGAUCUCAAAGCUCUGCUUCUUCUGUUGGUGGGAGUCCCAAUAUUCAUCUUGUUCAUUUACCUCCAUGGCCAAAAGAUCACUUACUUCCUCCGUCCUCUCUGGGAAUCUCCCCCAAAACCCUUCAAUCACGUCCCUCAUUAUUACAAUGAUAACAUCACCAUGCCCAGUCUCUGUGGCGCUCCGACGGCUGGCGUGCCCGCGAAACCCGAGAACGGGUAUUCGAUCCGGGUCCUCUCAGCAAAUGAGCUUGAUAUCCUUUCCAUCCGCUGGCACGAGCUCCACCCUUACGUCUCUGAGUUUGUACUCUUGGAGUCAAAUUCUACCUUUACUGGCAUCAAGAAACCCCUCUUCUUCGCCAAGAACAGGGACCGGUUCAAGUUUGCAGAGUCCAGGCUCACUUAUGGGUCGGUUGGCGGUCGGUUUGUGAAAGGAGAGAACCCUUUUGUCGAGGAGUCUUAUCAGCGGGUCGCAUUGGAUCAGCUUAUUAGGAUUGCGGGCAUUAAUGAUGAUGAUUUGCUGAUCAUGUCGGAUGUUGAUGAGAUCCCUAGUGGCCAUACUAUUAAUCUGUUGAGAUGGUGCGAUGAUAUUCCUGAGGUUCUUCAUCUGCAGCUUAAGGACUACCUCUACUCAUUUGAGUUCUUGUUGGAUGAUAAGAGCUGGAGGGCCUCGGUUCACAGGUAUCGGGCGGGGAAGACGAGGUAUGCUCACUUUAGGCAGACUGAUGACCUGUUGGCUGAUUCGGGCUGGCACUGUAGCUUCUGCUUUCGAUACAUAAGUGAGUUUGUGUUCAAGAUGAAGGCUUACAGUCAUGUGGAUAGAGUGAGGUUUUCCUACUUCUUGAGCCCGCAAAGGAUUCAGGAUGUGAUUUGCCGAGGGGCUGACCUGUUUGAUAUGCUUCCAGAGGAGUACACGUUUCAGGAAAUUAUAGCAAAGUUGGGACCGAUACCCAGUACUUAUUCUGCUGUCCAUUUACCAGGAUAUUUGAUUCAGAAUGUUGACAAGUAUAGAUAUCUCCUGCCCGGGAACUGCAAGAGGGAAAGUGGCUAAUUUAUAGCACAUUUUUUUUAUCAGAGAUGCGUUGCUCAUGCUGCAGAGAUUGUAUCCUGAAAAUUAAUUAUUGUGGCAUAAAUCAGACACUAACUUAGUUGCAUGAUUCUUCUGGGGAAAAUCGGCAAGCAUUGGACGAGUUUCAUGUUUAUAAUGUGAGAUUGCUCGAGGAUUUUUUUUUGUGUGUUAUCUUUUCUUGCUUUCUUCAGGCGCAUUUCACUUGCCAAAAGGAGGCACAGCAAGGGAUUGUAUCUACUAUACUUCGAGAGGAUGUAUUGUCCAUAAUUCCCUUAUCGGUAUGUCAUGUCAUGCUGGUUCAUGUUGAAUGCAAAUUGAGUGACAUUUUGUUCUCGAGAUUCGUUAUUCCUUAAAAGUUGCAACUAAUUAAUUCAUGUAUUUUUCUCAAACUUGCAUGGAGUUAGCCAUGUUGACAUAUUGAUUGUAUCAUCACUAUGCUUAUUCCA